CCUCAUUAAAUCACAUGCCAAAGUAAUCGCUCUCUACCCGCCACAUGGCUUUGACCUAAAUAUAGGUGUUGGAGACCUUAUAAAAGACUUUAGCGCCAAUGUCGUUUGCAUUUUUCAGCUGAGACUCCUGCUGCGUAAACUGCAAAGGUGAAUAUGGAUGCUGAAAUGGCUGUGUUUGGGGAGGCGGCCCCUUACCUCAGGCGACCUGAACGGGAGCGGAUCGAGGCCCAGAAUCGGCCCUUUGACGCCAAAACCUCAGUGUAUGUGGUGGAUCCGAAAGAGCUCUUUGUUAAAGGCACAAUACAGAGCAAAGAUAAGGGGAAAGUGACUGUAAAAACAGAUGCGGGAAAGGUUGUCAUGGUGACGGAUGACGAAGUGUUCCCUAUGAAUCCGCCCAAGUUUGACAAAAUUGAGGACAUGGCCAUGAUGACCCACCUCAACGAGGCUGCCGUGCUGUACAACCUCAAAGAGCGUUAUGCAGCAUGGAUGAUUUAUACCUAUUCUGGACUCUUCUGUGUCACUGUGAAUCCGUACAAGGGGCUCCCAGUGUACAACCAAGAAGUGGUGGUGGCCUACAGGGGCAAAAAGCGCCAAGAGGCGCCACCACACAUUUUUUCCAUUUCUGACAAUGCCUAUCAGUUCAUGCUCACUGAUAGAGAAAACCAGUCCAUCCUUAUCACUGGAGAAUCCGGUGCAGGGAAGACAGUCAACACCAAGCGCGUCAUCCAGUACUUUGCAACAAUUGCAGGGUCAGGGGACAAAAAGAAAGACUCUGGUGCCACUGGCAAGUUACAGGGAAAUCUGGAGGACCAGAUCAUCUCUGCUAACCCUCUGCUUGAGGCUUUUGGAAAUGCCAAGACUGUCAGAAAUGAUAACUCUUCACGUUUUGGCAAAUUCAUAAGAAUUCACUUUGGUACAACAGGAAAAUUGGCCUCCGCUGAUAUUGAAACAUAUUUGUUGGAAAAAUCCAGAGUUACGUUCCAGCUGUCUGCAGAAAGGAGCUACCAUAUAUUCUACCAGAUCAUGUCCAACAAAAAGCCUGAGCUCAUCGAGGCUCUGCUUAUUACCACCAACCCGUACGACUACCCAUUUGUCAGUCAGGGGGAGAUCAGUGUAGCCAGCAUCAAUGAUAGUGACGAGCUGAUGGCUACAGAUAGUGCCAUAGACACCCUUGGCUUCAGUGGAGAGGAGCGGAUCGGCAUUUACAAGCUAACGGGUGCUGUGAUGCAUUAUGGGAACAUGAAGUUCAAGCAGAAGCAAAGAGAAGAACAAGCAGAGCCAGAUGGAACAGAGGUGGCUGACAAAGCAGCUUAUCUGAUGGGUCAGAACUCUGCAGACCUAUUGAAAGCGCUGUGUUAUCCCAGAGUGAAGGUGGGGAAUGAAUAUGUAACCAAAGGACAGACUGUGCAACAGGUCUCCAAUUCCAUCGGUGCUUUGGCUAAAUCAGUCUACGAGAAGAUGUUUCUCUGGAUGGUCAUCCGCAUCAAUCAAAUGUUGGACACCAAGCAGCCACGUCAGUUCUUUAUUGGCGUUUUGGAUAUUGCUGGCUUUGAGAUCUUCGACUACAACAGUCUGGAACAGCUGUGUAUCAAUUUCACCAAUGAGAAACUGCAACAGUUUUUUAACCAUCACAUGUUCGUGUUGGAGCAAGAAGAGUAUAAGAAAGAGGGCAUUGAGUGGGAGUUCAUUGACUUUGGGAUGGAUCUGGCUGCUUGUAUAGAGCUAAUUGAAAAGCCAAUGGGCAUCUUUUCUAUCCUUGAAGAGGAAUGCAUGUUCCCCAAGGCGUCAGAUGCCACCUUCAAAAACAAACUGUAUGACCAGCAUCUUGGAAAAUCAAACAACUUUCAGAAGCCCAAGCCUGUGAAAGGCAAGGCCGAGGCUCACUUCUCUCUGGUGCACUAUGCUGGCACUGUGGACUACAGCAUCACAGGCUGGUUAGACAAAAACAAGGACCCUCUCAAUGAAACUGUAGUCCAGCUGUUCCAGAAGGCAGGCCUGAAAUUAUUGGCAUUUCUCUACAGCAGUUAUUCUUCAUCAGAUGAUAACUCUGCUGGAGGAAGUGCCAAGAAAGCUGCCAAAAAGAAGGGCUCAUCCUUCCAGACUGUUUCAGCUCUUUUCAGGGAGAACCUUGGGAAGCUCAUGACAAAUCUCAGGAGUACCCAUCCACAUUUUGUUAGAUGUCUCAUUCCAAAUGAAACUAAAACUCCAGGAAUUAUGGAACACCAUCUGGUUAUACACCAGCUCCGAUGUAAUGGUGUGCUGGAGGGAAUCAGAAUCUGCAGAAAAGGCUUUCCCAGUCGGAUUUUGUAUGGGGAUUUCAAGCAAAGGUACAAAGUAUUGAAUGCCAGCGUUAUCCCUGAUGGACAAUUCAUUGACAACAAGAAAGCUGCAGAGAAGCUCUUAGGAUCUAUAGAUGUGGAUCACACACAGUAUCGAUUUGGGCAUACAAAGGUGUUCUUCAAAGCAGGUCUUUUGGGUCUCCUAGAAGAAAUGAGGGAUGCGCGACUGGCCUCUCUCAUCACCAUUACUCAAGCCUUGUGUCGUGGCUUCCUCAGGAGAAAGGAAAUUCAGCAGAUGACAGAAAGGAGAGAGUCUGUUUACAGCAUUCAGUACAACAUUCGCUCCUUCAUGAAUGUCAAACACUGGCCUUGGAUGAAGCUUUACUUCAAGAUCAAACCACUCUUGAGAAGUGCUGAGACAGAGAAGGAAAUGGCCAUUAUGAAAGAAGAAUUUGCAAGAUGCAAAGAGGAUUUAGCUAAAGCCGAGGCUAAGAGAAAGGAGCUGGAAGCCAAAAUGGUUUCCCUGGUUCAGGAGAAGAAUGAUUUGUGUCUGCAGAUCCAAACUGAAGGCGAGAGCCUGGCAGAUGCAGAAGAAAGAUGUGACGGACUCAUAAAGAACAAGAUUGUGUUGGAAGCAAAAACCAAAGAACUGAGUGAACGACUGGAGGAUGAAGAAGAGCUGAAUGCUGAACUCACUGCUAAGAAGAGGAAGCUGGAGGAUGAAUGCUCUGAGCUGAAAAGGGAUAUUGAUGACUUAGAGCUCACCCUGGCCAAAGUUGAAAAGGAAAAGCAUGCCACUGAAAACAAGGUCCAAAAUUUGACUGAGGAGAUGUCUUCCCUGGAUGAUACCAUUGCCAAGUUAUCCAAGGAGAAGUCAGCCUUGCAGCAGUCACACCAGCAGACCCUUGAGGACCUCCAAGCCGAGGAAGACAAGGCCAACUCUCUGAGCAAAGCUAAAAUCAAGCUGGAGCAACAAGUUGAUGAUCUGGAGGAUUCUCUGGAACAAGAGAAAAAGAACCGCAUGGAUGUCGAAAGGAGCAAGAGGAAAAUAGAAGGCGAUCUCAAACUAGCCCAAGAAGCCAUAAUGGAUUUAGAAAAUGACCAACAGACGCUGCAGGAGCACCUAAAAAAGAAGGAUUUUCAAUUAAGCCAACUUACAUCCAAAAUCGAAGAUGAGCAGAGUGUAGCGGUACAGUCUCAUAAGAAGAUCAAGGAACUGCAGGCACGCAUUGAAGAGCUGGAAGAGGAGAUUGAAGCAGAGCAUGUUAUCCGAGCCAAGGUGGAGAAACAGCGGGGUGAACUCACACGGGAGCUUGAGGAGAUUAGCGAGAGGUUAGAGGAGUCCGGAGGGGCCACCGCAGCUCAGAUAGAAAUGAACAAGAAGCGAGAGGUGGAGUUUCAGAAACUGAGACGGGACCUCGAAGAGUCGACGCUCCAUCACGAGGCCAUAGCCGUCGCCUUGAGGAAGAAACACGCCGACAGUGUGGCCGAGCUGGGGGAGCACAUUGACAACCUGCAGCGGGUCAAACAAAAGCUGGAGAAGGAGAAGAGCGAGUACAAGAUGGAGGUUGAUGACAUGUCCGGCAACAUUGAGGCCGCAGUAAAAGCAAAGAUUCAUUAUGAGAAGCUGUGUCACUCCAUGGAGGACCAACUGAGUGAACACAAGGCAAAACAUGAUGAGGACUCUCGUUUGAUCACCGAAUUAAACGCACAAAGGGCAAGGCUGCAGAAUGAAAAUGGUGAGUUUUCUCGUCUUCUGGAGGAGAAAGAAGCAAUCCUUUCUCAGAUGUCAAGGGCUAAGCUUGCCUUCACCCAGCAAAUCGAGGAGCUCAAGAGACAAGUUGAGGAGGAAACAAAGGCUAAGAGUGCCAUGGCCCACGCUCUCCAAUCUGCACGUCAUGACUGUGAUCUGCUUAGGGAACAGUUUGAAGAAGAGCAGGAGGCCAAAGCUGAACUCCAGAGAGCAAUGUCUAAAGCCAACAGCGAGUUGGCACAAUGGAGAACCAAAUAUGAGACUGAUGCCAUUCAGCGCACUGAUGAGCUAGAAGAGGCAAAGAAAAAGCUCACUCAACGCUUGCAAGAUGCUGAAGAGGCUAUUGAGGCUGUGAAUGCCAAGUGUUCCUCAUUGGAGAAGACAAAGCAGAGGCUCCAAGGAGAAGUGGAAGACCUCAUGGCUGAAGUGGAAAGGGCCAAUGUGCAAGCAGCUCUCCUGGAUAAAAAGCAGAGAACCUUUGAUAAGAUUUUGUCCGAGUCAAGACAGAAGUAUGAAGAAAGUCAAAUUGAGCUGGAAGGCUCGCAUAAGGAAUGUCGUUCCCUCAGCACAGAGCUCUUCAAAAUCAAGAACUCUUAUGAAGAAGCUCUGGAUCACCUUGAUGUCCUCAAACGAGAGAAUACAAAUUUACAGCAGGAGAUCUCCGACCUCUCUGACCAACUUGGUGAGAAUGGUAAAGUCAUGCACGAGCUGGAGAAGACUAAACAACAUACAGAGUCUGAAAAGACAGAGAUCCAGACUGCUUUGGAGGAGGCUGAGGCUUCUCUGGAACAUGAAGAAUCCAAAAUACUUCGUAUCCAGCUUGAGCUCACUCAAGUCAAGGGGGAAGUCGGUCGAAGGCUUGCUGAGAAGGAUGAGGAAAUCGAACAGAUGAAACGCAACCACCUGCGCAUGGUGGACACCUUGCAGUCUGCAUUGGAUGCUGAAGUACGCAGCAAAAAUGAUGCCAUGCGAAUCAGAAAGAAGAUGGAGACUGACCUCAACGAACUGGAGAUGCAGUUGAGCCACUCUAACCGGCAAGCUUCUGAAGCCCAGAAGCAGUUGAAGAGCCUGCAAGCCCACCUCAAAGAGCAAACCCUUCUUCUAGAUAAUACACUGCGCAGUCAAGAGGACCUGAAGGAGCAGGUAACUUUGUUGGAGCGCAGGAACAUCUUGAUGCAGGCUGAAGUGGAAGAGCUGAGGGCAGCACUAGAACAAUCAGACAGAAGCCGCAAAUUAUCUGAGCAGGAACUGGCAGAUGCCUGUGAGAGAGCUGGUCUGCUGAACUCACAGAACACAAGUCUUCUCAACCACAAGAGGAAGGUGGAUGCAGAUGUCAGCCAGCUGCAGGGUGAGCUGGAGGAUACGAUCCAAGAGGCUCGCAAUGCUGACGAGAAAGCAAAAAAAGCGAUGACUGAUGCAGCUAUGAUGGCAGAGGAGCUAAAGAAGGAGCAGGACACCAGCAGCCACCUGGAGAGGAUGAAGAAGAACAUGGAGGUCUCGGUGAAGGACCUGCAGCACCGCCUCGAUGAAGCUGAGAGCAUUGCAUUGAAGGGGGGCAAGAAGCAGCUCCAGAAACUGGAGGCUCGGGUGCAUGAACUGGAGAGUGAAAUGGAGAGUGAACAGAGAAGAGCUGCAGAUGCUAUCAAGGGAAUUCGUAAAUAUGAGAGACGGAUCAGGGAGCUUACAUUCCAGACAGAAGAGGACAAGAAGAAUGUUUUGAGGCUGCAGGACCUUGUUGAUAAACUGCAACUUAAAGUUAAAGUAUACAAACGGCAAAAUGAAGAAGUGGAGGAGCAGGCCAAUGUUCAGCUUGCUAAAUUAAGGAAGGUCCAACAUGAACUGGAAGAGGCCCAGGAGCGAGCAGACAUUGCUGAGUCUCAGAUCAAUAAGAUGAGAAGCAAAAGCAGAGAAUUUGGAAGGGUUGCUGAAUCAGAAUAGAACUCAAAACUCAACUACACCCAGAAGAUCAUCGAUGCCAACUCUGCGCUCGAUAAAAAUGAAAAUUUCAAUUUAAUUUGAUGAAUUUCAACAACUGGUUUUGCUGUGAUACUGUAGUCGAAUAAAUCAGCAUAAUACAUUAAGUCUUGCUUAUCUCUUUCUGUAAAUAUACUGCCUAAAACCCAAAAGAUUUACAGCACUUCGUACCAUUUUUAAUACACUUCUGAUAUAUCUAUCCGAUUACAUCUUGAAUAUGUUUAAGGUGCUGUAGAACUGUACUGCAUCAUACUGAGAGCUCUUCCUGAUAUGUUUUACUCUUAUGCAGCUAUUUGAGGCAACCAAAAUUAGACGCAAUUCUCAUUAUGAUUACAGUACAGUUCUUCACCACUGCAAAUUAUAACAACAAUAAUGAACAUAUGUGCUUUUAAAUACAUCUCUCUGGCAGUG